GAACAUAACAGUCACUCUUUUAUAGCUGGCCUCGUUGGAGGAUAUUACGUUUUUGGAGAAAAUAACAAUAUCAAUCAACAGAUUGUACUUUACGUCUUCGCGAGAAUUAUGAUUGGCUUGGCAAAACUACCAGUGGCACGCAAGACAAUCGAAGAACCCAAAAAUACAUUUCCGGUGUUUGCUGCUGUUGUAUGGGGACUUGUUAUGUGGCUUUUUCGCCAUGAUCGUGACGUUUUACAGCCGUCUUUACAGGCAUCCAUGCAAUACUUAUAUUUAGAUUCGGAUCAUUGGUCCACGCUCAAGAAUUUCCUGUGGCAUAAUAUAUAA